AGCUGGAGUACCGCUGCCGCACAGACUGCAGCGCGUGCGCACUGGCAGGACGCGACGCAGCGCCGAAGCAACAAGGAUGGCGCCCGAGAUUCAGAGCCUGUGUCCGAGUACGACGGCCGCGCUCCUCCUGCUGGCCGCCUGCCUCGCCGCCGCGGUGGCAGCGCUCGACGCUGCGGACUACGCCAGGCCGCCGCUGCCUGCAGGCGGAGGCGGCCGGCGCGUCCUCUUCGCCAACGGGCUCGGGCUGACGCCGCAGAUGGGGUGGAACAGCUGGAACCAUUUCCAGUGCGACAUCAACGAGGCGGUCGUCCGGAGCACCGCUGAUGCGCUCGUCGCCAUCGGACUUGCAAAGGCUGGCUACACGUAUGUCAACUUAGAUGACUGCUGGGCGGAUUCCGAGAGAACCAAAGAGGUAGGAUACAUGGUCGCUAACCCCAAGACAUUCCCAUCCGGAAUCAAGGCCCUGGCAGAUUACGUUCACAGCAAGGGGCUUAAGCUUGGCAUCUACUCUUCCGCUGGGACAAGAACUUGCAGCAACAGGAUGCCUGGAUCUCUGGGCUACGAGGAGAGGGAUGCUAAGAUGUUUGCGUCAUGGGGCGUUGACUACCUGAAGUAUGACAACUGCUACAGAGACGGCACGCCUGAAACCGUGAGGUUUGGGCGCAUGUCCCGAGCGCUGGUGAACUCUGGCCGCCCAAUCUUCUACUCGCUUUGCGAAUGGGGCUUCAUGGAAGUUCCCAAAUGGGGCGGCAUGUACGGCAACAGCUGGAGGACCACCGGCGACAUCAACGACACAUGGUCAGGCAUGCUGGACAACAUCGACCUGAACGACGCCUACGCCCGGUACGCCAAGCCCGGCGGCUGGAACGACCCUGACAUGCUGGAGGUCGGGAACGGAGGCAUGGCGUACAACGAGUACGUCGUGCACUUCAGCCUCUGGGCCAUCGCCAAGGCUCCCCUGGUCAUCGGCUGCGACGUGACGAGAGUCUCCAAUGAGACGCUCGGAAUCCUCUCCAACGCGGAGGUCAUCGCGAUCAGCCAAGAUCGGCUGGGUGUCCAAGGACAGAAAGUGAGCAAGUACGGCAACGAUCUCGAGGUAUGGGCAGGGCAGCUCUCGGGGCACAGGAAGGCGGUGCUGCUGCUCAACCGGGGGGCCACGCGCUCCGCGUCCAUCACCGCGGCAUGGCCGGACGUGGGCAUCCGCCGCGGCGUGGCCGUGGAGGCGAGGGACGUCUGGAAGCACGAGACGCUACCGGGCUGGUUCACCGGCAGCCUCACGGCGGUGGUCGGGCCGCACUCGUGCAAGCUCUUCGUCCUCACGCCCGUUCCUAGCUGACGGCGCCGCUGGAGAUCUGUCCAUCCAAUAUCUGCCCGUGGAUCCAGCUAGAGUUAUUAAUUGUAUGAUUUCAGAUACUGUAACUGCCUUGUGACUGCUCCGACAACAAGAGCUCAUCACCAUCUGUCUAAUGAUUUGACAUGGUGCAACGCUCAGUUUGGCCUAGAUUUGAGAUCCGAACGUGGCGAAUAAAAUAAUAAAAUGACGUCUCCUGACUUCUUUUAGCAGUUUAGUAAUUAAUAGUAAGGCUUCGUUUAGGCAUACUGGUUCACUUAUACUGUAAAAACGCCAUCUCUUCGUUCUUAAGUGAAAGUAACGUGUAAACUUCGCUUA